AGCGAAACGGGUGAAGUAGAAAGCAUGGCGAGUGUAGCCGAGGACUUGGAGGAUAGAGGAGUCGAAGUCAUCGAGGCCAUCGGAGACCAAUCUGAUCAGAUUGGAGUCGUUGAAGACUGAUCCCGUGGCGACACAAUAGCAAAGGAGGAGGAUGACGCCUGUUACACAAUUUAAUCCGAUCUAGGUUCUCCUUCAGAACUUAUGGGUUCUUAAUCAUUACCCAUAUUCAAUAGAAAAAUCAGCCAAAAAAAAUAGAAAAACACAAAAAUUUAGAAGAGGAAAUUUAGAAUGGCCAGCGCAUGGAGUGGCAUUUUGGCAUUAGUUCUAGUCCUAAUGGCUGUUUUUCAUGCUCCCAUUGUAAAAGGGGACAUGAACCCCAGCCAGUGCAAGGAGGAGAGGAGGCUGCUGGUGAAUGCCUGCUGGCCGGUCAUAUUUGGCCGCAAUCCCUCAUCGUACUGCUGCCAGCGCGUGGGGGUGACACACGUUGAGUGUGUCUGCCCCGUCGUCACCCCUAAGCUGGCGGCACUCAUCGGAGUUGAACGCACCAUUAAGCAGAUUGAAUCCUGCGGUCGGACCGUGCCCCACAACUUCAAGUGUGGAAGCAUUACUACUCCAUGAGAAGAAUUCUACCAUGAAAGAAUGAUCAUGGCUAAAUAAGCUUAUUUAUAUUAGAAAACGAAAAACCAAAACUGUCUGACAGUCCUAAUAAGAUCAAAAUCAUUCA